UUUCUCACUUUCAUCUGUGAUACCUUGGUUCACCUGGUCUUUAUAUACAAAGAAACACAGUUCUUUCUCAAUUUAGUCUAAUUUAAUUUUGAUUAAGUUUGGAAUAGUAGCUUUAUUACUUCCUUUUUCUGGAUAAUGAUGGUAUUAAAUGCCGAUGAAAUAGGGAUUAGAGGAGGUGUCAGACAAUAGCAUCAGAGGAUGACAUGUCAAUGAGUCCAUUCACUGAUGAUGGUUUGAUAUGGAUGCUCGAUGGUGCGAAAGAACCGUAAAGAUCGGUGCUACUUGAGAAUAGAAUCAUCAUCCUUAUUGUAACAUAAUCCAGUUGGCACUUAAAGCAAGCCAACUUCUCAAACCCACUAAAUUGACUGAACUCCACAUGAGCAUAGCAAGAAGCCUUUCAGAGCUGGAGAUGUUUACUGAAGGAGAGCGGUCGUCAACAGCCAGGAGAAAGAUGGCCAUCGAUGAGAGGAUCCUUAUCUUGUCAAGAGAAGUAUUCGGAUGCAGUGGCGCAGACAUGGUCUAAUUGCUUUAUGGGAGUUCUCUGAAGAGAAUAUUAAGCAAAGAAUUGAACAAGAUAUGAUGGCUCUAAACAGCAAGUAGAGGAUCCCAAUGAGAAAAACGCUGCAGACUAUCGAGAAAAUAAAAUCCACACUGGUUGGUUAUGCAGUAGAAUAUCUAUGCAUAUUAGAGCUGAGAGGCCCCCAUGGUAUCUUUCAGUUGUUGGAGGAGCUCUAUAUGAAGCAUCAAGCAGGAGCUCAAGUGUUUUUACCGAUUAUGUUGGUUAUCUCAGUAAAGAGGGGAGCAAAUACAUGAUUGAUAUGGUAAGACGUGGACUCGGUAGCUACAAAUUUACCAUGAAUGGGUCAGAGAUUGAAGCUGAGAUACACUCGUUGAGAGAUGCAAUUGGAUGGAAACUUUCAUUUACUUAUGGAGAGACGGAGCCUUCUGGUUGGAUUAACCUUUCAAUUAAUGUUGCAAUUAACAUGCCACUUUGCAACCAUGUCUGUCCCCACGUAUCUGACGUUAACCAUCGCAUCACACCGACGCCACGCCCCUCACCCCGCCAUCGACACGCCGCGCCGCUGUCUCACCUCCCCCUUGGCCUCCGCUCCCUUGCACGGCCGCCACCAAGCUCGCCUCUCCCUCAGCUCGCCGCCACCACUGCUUCCUCGCCCCCGCACCCCUCACCCUGCUGCCGAUGCGCUUGCCCUCCCUCGCCGGAAGCUGCUCAGAUGGCCAGGCCCCUCCGCGGCCCUCGCCCGGGGCCGCCGUAUGUUGUUUGUGCUACUUGA